AAACAGCCUCUGUUGGCCAGAGAAUCUUAUAGAUUCACCAAUCUCGAAACGAUGAUCACAUCAACGGCAAUUAAGCUUGUGGCUGUUCUGGCGCUCUGCUCCCUAGCUCUCUCCGCCGAUGCCCUGCAGAUUGAGCCCCGCAGCAGUUGGGGAGCAGUGGCUGCUCGUUCCCCCUCGAGGAUUUCCGGUGCCGUGGACUAUGUGAUCAUCCAUCACUCGGACAAUCCCAACGGAUGCUCCACAUCCGAGCAGUGCAAGCGCCUGAUCAAGAACAUCCAGUCGGAUCACAAGGGCCGCAGGAAUUUCAGCGACAUUGGCUACAACUUUAUUGUGGCCGGCGAUGGAAAGGUGUACGAGGGCCGUGGCUUUGGACUCCAGGGAUCGCAUGCUCCGAACUACAACCGCAAGAGCAUCGGCAUCGUCUUCAUUGGCAACUUCGAGCGCAAUGCACCCUCCGCCCAAAUGCUCCAGAAUGCCAAGGAUCUGAUCGAGCUGGCCAAGCAGCGGGGUUACCUCAAGGAAAACUACACUUUGUUUGGCCACCGCCAGACCAAGGCCACCUCCUGCCCCGGCGAUGCUCUCUUCAACGAGAUCAAAACUUGGCCCCACUGGAGGCAAAACUAAGACUAUAUUUUCUUAAGUUAAAUUUUAGUUCUAUAAAAAUUUGAUAAAAUUAAAUGUUAGUAAAAAUUGUAAUUUUAACGUUCGUAUGGAUGUAGAGGGAAACUGAAAUUAACUUGAGUUUACGCUGGAAAAACCAUUGUUCAUUUAAGUUUUUUAUUUUUAAUUUUUAUAUUAUAUUAUAUUUACAAAAUAUAAGGUAAAUAUUGUUUACAUACACUUUGCUUUAGAAGAUUUCAA